AUGGCUUCGAGCGCCGCGGUUUCUAAUGUGGUGUCAACUUCGAGCCCAUCUGCUGUUCCAGCACCGAAUUCGAGCCAGGCACCGCCAACCACUUCCAGCAGCAGUAAUCCGAAGCCUAUAAUCACACCAAGCACUCUACCGACAGGACCAAGCUCAACGAUUAGCUCGACUAUCGCAAGCUCGGCGGCUUCCACGAGUACAGCACCUGUUGCUCAGGCGCCUCCAGAUCAGCUCUCAGAUGGUGCGAAGGCCGGUAUCGCAGUAAGUGUCUCGUCGGUGGCGCUCUCGAUAUUCUCUGCUCUAGGCUGGUACAUUCGUCGCCUGAAGCGCAAACUCAGAGACGCUCAAGAGCAAUUCAAUGACGGUCGCCCAUCAAGUCUUGUAGCUCCUGCUCGCCGGUCCAGUUCCAGACGUGGUCGCAGAACCUCCAUAUCUCCUCUUUCGUCACCAAUGGUAGUCGACGAUAGCGGGUACGGCGCCGCAACGCGCAAGCGCGCCGAAAUCCUCUCGGUCGUGGUCGAGGCCGAUGAAGAGCUGGGUAUGCGGGAGCCGGUGCCAGGGCAAAGCGAGGGCUUGACUGCGCCUUUGGAACUGGAAGCUGCGAUUACGCCUUUGGUCGAAGCUCCGCUGGCGGUCACGCCCAGGGAGAGGAGUCGGGAGAGGAAUGGGGGCGCUGCUAGUCACGGAAUUAGCUAA